AUGUCGUUGAGCAAAGUUCCUCCCCAGAAGGGAGUGUUGCACACGUACGGUUUCAACCUCACCGCUUUUGAAUUUACCGGCUACUCCGGGGAGAUAGAAACGGAAGCAGCGGCCAACAUUUUGCUCUUCAUUGGAGGAUUGGGGAAUGGGCUAUUGAACGUUCCGUACCUACCUGCAUUGGCGGAAGCUGCAUCUACCCGAUUUCAUGCCAAUGGCGGGGGCAAGUGGAGCUUGGUGCAAGUGCUUCUCGGUUCGGCUUACUCCGGCUGGGGCACAGCGAGCUUGGAACGGGACUCGAGCCAACUUGCCAAAGCCAUUGAGUAUUUCCGGUCGUAUGCAGGUGGCCGCAGGAAGAAGAUUGUGGUUAUGGGACAUUCGACGGGGUGCCAGAACUCGCUACAUUACUUGAGCACCGUGGUCGCGCGGUUGGAGCUGCUGUCCAAGGCGCAGAUUGAGGGGGCUAUAUUGCAAGCGCCGGUCUCCGAUCAAGAGGCUCUUCGUGCCUCUUACACAGGCGGCGGCGAUUUCGAGCAGUUGACGCAGGAAGUUUACGACGAAUAUAUCGCCACGGGAAGAGACAGGGAGUUGUUACCGGAAAAGUAUCGCAAAAUCGCCUUUAAUGUCCCCAUCACAGCCUACAGAUUCUACUCAUUAGCCGCAAAGAGAGGCGACGACGAUUUUUUUUCUUCCUACUUGACGCAGGAGGACUUGAAGGAAACUUUUGGGAAAGUAAGCAAGCCGCUUUUGCUUUUGUACUCUGGAAGCGACCAAUUUGUGCCAGCUCAUGUGGACAAGCAGCAAGUGUUUGAAAAUUUUGAGAAAGCGACGCCUGCUUCGUACUGGAGUAAAUAUAGCAGGAUUAUCCCUGGCGGCACUCACGAUUUGGGAGAGGGGUCCGAAAAGGAUGUCAUUCUUUUACUAACUGAGGCAGUUGCCAACUUUAUCAACGCUGAAGUUUAG